AUGCGGAUUUCGCAGAGUUUGGUUUGGAUUGCUGUGGUUCCUUGGUGCUGGGCUGCACGAUCGGAUUCUCCAAAUGAAAACCAGUUGAAGACGCAAUCUGGUCUCAAGAUGUGGGUCGAUCCCGAGACACCCCAAGAAAAAUACACGUGUGAGACAUCACGUGGCGAAACCUGGGAGCUUGUCAUGAGCGAUGAGUUCAACACACCUGGAAGAUCGUUUCGACCUGGAGAUGAUCACAUGUGGACUUCGAUUGAGAAACCCGACGGUGUGAACGCAGCGAUGGAAGUCUAUGCCCACAAUAAAACCACAACGUUAUGUGACGAAAUCAGUGGCGUUUGCAGCUUCCAGAUUGAGUUAGAAGAUGCUGUGAUUCAGCUGCAAGUGUGGAACAACUAUCUGAGCACCCCAGGAUUUGAGAAUGUCACCUUCUUCUAUCGCGGAGGUAUGGUCCAGUCCUGGAACAAAUGUUGUGUCCAAGGUGGGAUGAUUGAGGUUCGAGCACAACUUCCUGGAGCUUUGUCCGAGUCGUCAGGUAAUCCGGACAUUGGCUUGGACUCAAGUGCUCGAGUUCAGGCGCUCCGAUAUUAUCCAACUUGGCCUGGGAUCUGGAUGUUGGGCAAUCUCGGUCGUGCAAUCUUCACCGGCUCGACAAAUAGAAUGUGGCCAUUUUCUUAUGAUGCGUGUGACCCGGACGCGUUCAAGCCUAGCAACCAGCGAAUUAGUGCAUGUGACAAGAACCCCGGGUCUGGAAUGAAUCCGUAUCAAGGCCGCGGUGCACCUGAGAUAGACAUUAUUGAAGGCGGUGGCACAACAAUUUCAGUGUCAAUCCAAAUAGCACCUGGCAUGCCGCCGGAUUUUCGAGUUAUCCCACCUGUUAACGAAAACAGCCUGUGCAUUUACUCCAGUUCGUGCGAGACGAUUGGUGCGAACGUUCCAGGUAUACCGCAGAGUGUGUACAAAGAAUCGCGUGGACAUCAAUCCUGGUACCAGGACUUGCGGUAUGCAGCAAACAAUUUUUGCGAGCGAAAUGCGAGCCAAGUACAAAGUUAUGCCACUAUAAAAGCUGCUCUAGAUGCCGGAAUUGAAGAUAAUGUGUGCUCCGUCGCGACAUGUCCUGCUUCUGCGGAUAUUAACUCGGAAUUGGGCUUUAUGGAUGCCUACAGCGACGAUCGCUGGGGCAUUAACUCGAACGGCACGUGUUUUCCGACCAUGAAUUCGUACAUGGGCGAAUUCAUUUGUAGCGCUGGGAAUUCUGAUCCAAAAUGCAAACCGCCAAACGACGGACCAAUCUUGCCGAAAGACGGCGAUUCCACAUUUGCGUAUCAUCUUGAUGCACUCUCUGCCAAUUGGCCCUUGCACAUGGCGGCGUACACAGAUUUUCUAGAGUAUCAAGUGGAAUGGGUUCAAGGUGCAGAUGGUUACGUUCGAUGGAUGCUGUCAGGAAAUGUAUUGUAUGAGAUUCCAGCCCAAACGAUCACGAACCCUCCACAAGGAGCAAGCGUGAAGAACCCUAGCAAGAUUAUGGUUGAGGAGCCUUUAUACUUUAUUUUCAACGUUGCCAUGUCGAGCAAGUGGGGCGCACAACCACCGAAUUCAGGACAGCCUUGUCGUGGUGAUGGCUUGGAUCCAGUUGCAAAUAAGAUUUGUGCCUCUUUUCCAAUGUACUUGAAGAUUGACUACAUUCGUGUGUAUCAAGAUGUAUCACUGGGCUCAAGCAUGAGCGUCGGGUGUGAUCCAAUGUCACAUCCGACACAUGAGUGGAUUCUCAAGCAUCUUGAAGAGUACGAAGAUGAAGAGAAUAAGUUUGUGGAAGUCCAUGGGAAGGCCUUUUGUUGGACUGAUUUGGACUGUACUGUCCAAACAGCACGUGAAACUGAGAGCAUUACAGUUGCUCGAAUCUUGACAGGAAAAUGUGUGAAGCAGCGCUGUGAAUGCGUAAGCAAGACAUGGACAGGACCACGUUGUAUCCUUCCCCGCAAAUUAAGCGCCGUCUCAUUUGGUCCUCCAGUUGCUCUAUCGGCAUGUAUUGGCUCGUUUCUCUUGGCACUUGGAAUUGUCUCUUGUUUUGCAAUUUGUUAUCGACAAAAACCUGAAGAACCUGAAGUUGUUGUUACGGAGAGCAAGGAAAAACAACAGCAACGACAACAAUACGACCUCCUGCGACGUCAAGCACGUCAGAAUCUUCAUAAUGCGUGGGUAGCUGAAUAA